AUCAGGCUGUGGGCAGGGCCGGGCACCCAGCCGGGAUCAACAGGAUACUUGACACUGAGGCCUGGGUAGUUGGGGGGCGCCCUUUUCAGAGACUGGGGAGAGUCUAAAUGACCCAUACUCCCCCUCUCCAGCACCGACUGGAACGUCCCUUCUACUAGCCCCCUCCCAGUCGCCAGUAAAGUGUAGCCCCUGGAGCACCAGAUAAGUGUGAAAAGAGGCAAAAGAAAUCAAUGGUGAUGCAUGUCGAGAGAGAACAGUCCUCCAGGAGGAGGCGAGGAGGGGGCUCAGGGGGCCACGGAUGUUUGAUCUCCUGCUCUGGCCCAUGGUGAGUAGCUGCUCAAUUAAUAUGCCAAUUCUAGAGGAUGCAGCCCAGGCCUUGCCGUGACGGGGGCCUCACUCCCAGGAACCUGUAUUGCACCUUCUUCACACCCUUCUGGAUGCACAGACCCUCAUCCUGUCCGUGAGCUUCUGCUACUCCCCAGAUCCCCACCGUGAAGGUCUAAGCACCUGCUGAGUGCUCUGCCACCAAUUCCCCCAAAACAGUUCCUCCAUUCCUACCUGAUAAUCAUGAGUCCCCUCACCCUAAUCUGUCUUUCAUUACCACCCCAAAGGGAUUUUUCUGAGGUGGAACCUGGACAGGGUGGUGGUGGGGAGGAGGACUGAGGCAACUGGGUCCCCAUUAUCAAGAUUAACUUUGAAGGUAUAAAAAGAGUGAACAGGGAAAUGUGUCCCCCCCCCACCAGCUCUUUGUACUUCCCCCUGGAGACACUGAUGUGCUUUAAUACCUGUGCAUACUUACUCAUCUCUGCUCCCAUUUUAGUCUGUACAAAGGGUAGCAUCUUUUUCUCUGCUGCAUAGUACUCCACGAUGGCCUGGACAUCCUGGUACACUGUUUUGUGGGCUAGUCUCAGGUACAUUUCUGAGCGUGGGUAUUCGGGAUCAACAGUGUCCUUUGUAAAUUGCCCUCCACCUGGUACCUUCCACCAACAGCACAGGUGUCCAUGUGCCCAGUGCAGAUGUCUGCCAACCGCUGCACAUGAGCUGGGAGGUGGUCACAUCCUAGGGGUCUGAUUUGCAGCAACCGGAGUCAAGGGAGGUUGAGUUCCUUAAAGAACAGACAUCUAUCUAACCGCCAGAGCACCCGCCCCCCACGGUGAGUCUCUGCACCGCCCCCCCCAGGGUCCGUCCUUCCAGGUUCCACAGCAGCCUCCAUGCAGCCUAUCCAUCCCUGGCUCCACCCCAAUCCCCUCCUCCAGCCGGUACCCUCUAGCGCUCUCACCCUGACUGUUCAAGGGGUGGAGGGAAUGGGGAGAAGGUUGCUGUACGGGUGGAUGGAGGGUGCACAGGCAGUGGAGGGAGUGGCGAACAGCUGCAGGAGAGGCCAGAAGGCAGGGACAAUGGUGGGGGAUUGGGGUAUAAACAUGCGGAGGCUACGGCAGGAGCAAAGGCGCAGCUGAGCCCAGCGGAGCCGCCCUCCAGAUCCGGUGUCCUCCAACCGAAAACCUUCUCGGGCUUGGAGCGGGCAUCCCCAGGACGAGGCCAGGAGGAGCAUCUCCGCGGCGAUCCUGGGACGAAAUCCCAGAAGGAGGCCGGGAGGAAGAGGGCGGCGAAGCCUCGCACGCCCUGGCCAUGUCAGGAACCAAUGCAUCCUGGUGGGCGCUGGCCAACGUAUCCGGCUGCCCAGGCUUUGGCGCCAACGCCACCGAUGGCCCGGACCCUGAUCUGUGGCCGGUGGACGCCUGGCUCAUGCCACUCUUCUUCGCCGCACUGAUGCUGCUUGGCUUGACAGGAAACUUGCUUGUCAUCUUCGUCAUCUGCCGCCACAAGCAGAUGCACACGGUGACCAACUUCUACAUUGCUAACCUGGCAGCCACGGACGUGACUUUCCUGCUGUGCUGCGUGCCCUUCACCGCCCUGCUCUACCUGCUGCCUGCCUGGGUGCUGGGCGACUUCAUGUGCAAGUUCGUUAACUACAUUCAGCAGGUCUCCGUGCAGGCCACCUGCGCCACCCUGACCGCCAUGAGCGUGGACCGCUGGUAUGUGACCGUAUUUCCGCUGCGCGCCCUGCACCGCCGGACGCCCCGCCUGGCGUUGGCCGUCAGCCUGGGCAUCUGGGUGGGCUCGGCGGCCGUGUCUGCUCCGGUGCUCGCCCUGCACCGCCUCUCUCCUGGGCCGCGCAUUUACUGCAGCGAGGCCUUCCCCAGCCGCGCCCUCGAGCGCGCCUUCGUGCUCUACAACCUGCUGGCGCUCUACCUGUUGCCGCUGGUCGCCACCUGUGCCUGCUACGGGGCCAUGCUGCGCCACCUGGCCCGGCCCGCAGUGCGCCCCGCGCCCGCGGACAGCGCCCUGCAGGGGCAGCUGCUGGUGGAGCGAGCAGGCGCUGUGCGCACCAAGGUGUCACGGCUGGUGGCGGCGGUAGUCCUGCUUUUCGCGGCCUGCUGGGGACCCAUCCAGCUGUUCCUGGUGCUGCAGGCGCUGGGCCCAGCGGGCUCCUGGCACCCGCGCAGCUACGCCGCUUACGUGCUUAAGAUCUCGGCGCACUGCACGUCCUACAGCAACUCGGCGCUCAACCCGCUGCUCUACGCGUUCCUGGGCUCGCACUUCCGUCAGGCCUUCCGCCGCGUCUGCCCCUGCGCUCCCCGGCGACCCCGGCGGCCUGGGCCCUGGUGCCCCGCCGCCCCCCACGCCGAGCUGCACUGCCUGACCGCCCACCCGGCCCCCAGGAUGCGGAAGCAGGGGAGCAGUGGGCUGGGACGGUGCAGGCUAUGCGUCCUGAGGGAACAUGCUGCCCCUCUUUGAGCGGGAUGGAGAUGGGCCCCUCGGAAACAAGCCCUGCUCUUAUUCUGUUAUUAAUAUCUUAAUUUUUGUCCAAGAUAAUCCUAGUGAACAUAUCUUGUCCUCUUGUAAUGUUUGGUACAAAUUGGCUGUGAUGUUUGCUGCUCUUCCUAUUGUGAUGAUUAUUUCUGCAUUUCCUGAAACUGAAGAUGCUUUGAUGCUGGCACGUUCUGGAACUUUUCAGGAAUCAUCAGUAGACGUUUUCACACACUGCCUCCAGAUUGCCUGUACGAUUGUUAAAUUCAUCCCAUUGUCAGCGAUAUCAAAAUGUGAACACACUGUGCAUCUUAAAAAUUGACGAAACAAGGUGUUAUUGCUGCUAUUUGGUGAGUGUCCAGCGUCCUGGCUGGAAAACUGGUAUCAUUGAGUAAAUAAAACCUUCCUGGGGCACAGUAUGCAAAGCUGCCCAUUUGAGAAG